UUUAAAAGUGGAUGCAGAUUUUAAACCUCAUUAAAGUAAAAAAAAAAAAAAUUAAAAUGUAAUUAAUCUACUAUUGAUAUAUAUGCCUAACUUUCCAUUCUUUAACUGUAUAAGAAUGAACAUUAACAUACUGUUGUUACUUCUAUAAAGUAUAGUAGACCCCUUCUAUUUGAAGGCAUAAAGAUAAUGGAAGUUAAGGCUGUUCUUCUCUCUAUUCCUUUUGGCUUUGUUUUUCUUUUCAGUGGCCUUAUCAUCAAUCUAAUCCAAGGAGCUUGCUACAUCCUAGUACAGCCUCUAUCUAAAACUGCACACAGAAGGAUCAUUGGAGCGGUGACGGAAAUCUUAUGGCUAGAGUUCAUAUUUCUCAUGGACUGGUGGUCAGGCUUUAAGGUUCAUCUCCAUACAGAUUUUGAGACAUAUCAAUUGAUGGGUAAAGAGCAUGCACUUCUCAUGCCUAAUCACAUCUGUGAUGCUGAUAUAUUUAUUAUGUGGCUUCUGGCUCAGCGUUCUUCUUGCCUCCGUGGCGCGCUAAUGGUGGUGAAGAGAUCUUCCAUGUAUAUUCCGAUUUAUGGGUGGGCAACUUGGUUUGCUGAGCAUGUAUUUGUAAGUAGAAACUGGGGCAAAGAUGAAGAGGUCUUGAAGUCAAGGUUUCAAAGCCUCCAGGAUUUCCCAAGGCCUUUCUGGUUGACCCUUUUUGUGGAAGGAACUCGUAUGACCUCAGAUAAACUAGUAGCAGCUCAAAAUUUCGCCACUUCCAAGGGUUUGCCAGUUCCUAGGAAUGUGUUGAUCCCUCGUACCAAGGGGUUUGUGGCAGCAGUACGACAUAUGCGUUCAUUUGUUCCAGCAAUUUAUGAUAUUACGCUAGCUGUACCGAGAGGUCUUCGAACCCCUUCUCUGGUAGGAUUUUUAGGGAGGGAGCCUACUGCUGUCCAAAUUCACAUAAAGCGAUACUCGAUGAAAGAGUUACCAGAGUCAGAUGAAGCCGUUGCUCAAUGGUGCAGAGAUAAGUUUGUUGCUAAGGAUAAUAUGUUGGAUGAAUUUCAAGCGAAAGGCACAUUUGAAAACCAAAAAAAUACAGAUAUUGGUCGACCAAGAAAGUCAUUGAUUGUCCUUACCACUUUGGGUUGCAUUAUCUGUCUGGUAGUAAUCAGCUUGAUUCAAAGGUAUUCCCUGCUAUCUACCAGGAAAGGCGUCAUCUCAUUGGCAGCUGGGUUGGCACUUGAUGCAGUAUUCUUGCAUGCUGUAAUUGAGUACACAAAAUUGCCACAAGCCAGAAAAGCUUCCAUGGGAAAUUUAACAGUGCAACUGAAAAACUAAUUAUGGCCAAUCUUUGAAUAUACAAGCAAGACUUAGCUUGCCUUGUUACUGGGCCAAUUAGUCUGUGCAGAUCUUCCUGUGUUUAUGGGAUUGGGGAUGCACUCAAUAAAUGGGUAUUGGUAUAAAAUUCUCAUAGGAAUUAACCACUUCGAAAUUUUACGAGAAAGAGCGAGCCUUGUACCUCAGUACUCAUAAUUGAAUUCAAUGCUUAAUAAUUCUUAGCACCUCAAUCUUCU